UUAGGUUUUUUACCGUCACUGCUAACCUCAAUCGGAUGAACACUUUUUGACAGUCCAGCAGUACUGUUUGUAAACAGAAAUUUCUUUUGUUUGUUUAUUGACAAAUUGGAUCAGACCAUUUACGGUCCGUAUCGCCUAAAUAAAGUUUUAAAACAUUUGUUCACGAUUGAAUACGGUUCGUUUUUGAUAUUUAUUAAAUAAAAGUGACUAGUUGCAAAGUGUAAAGAUGAUUGUUUUAGAUGUGCUCUUCCAUUUUUGUUUAAGCUUGUUUGUAAACAGUACCGCUGAACUGUCAAGGAUGAAUACUUGUUCAUUUGUGUCGUCACGAUAAAAAACCUAAUUUGCGUUUGAUGGUUGUUUUAUAUCUGAAAUUUAUUUGUAUAAAUAAAGUUUCGUAAGGUGUUAUUUUUUGGUAAUCUCAAGUUUUAUGUGUACAGAAGAGAAUAAAACUGUUGUGUUAUACUAUAGGGAAGAGUAUAUCAAGUCCUACUGUAAUAUUCCAAAAUGGACAACCUUGCUGACGAUCCAGGAUUUAUAGACGCAAUUGUUCAUGAAGUUAAAUCUCAAGGGUUAUUUGAUCAAUUUCGGAAAGAGUGCCUGGCAGACGUUGAUACGAAACCAGCAUACCAAAAUCUUCGACAGCGUGUAGAAACGUCUGUUAGUAAGUUUUUAUCUCAACAGAAAUGGUCGGAUAAUAUUCGUCACAAAAAUCAAUUACGAGAAAUGCUUAGAAGAAAUAUCAUUGAAUCUGGCUUCUUGGACACCGGCGUGGAAAGAAUUGUUGACCAAGUUGUUAACCCAAAAAUAUCGACAGUGUUUCAUCCAAAAGUAGAAGAGAUCGUUUAUAAUUAUUUAGGUAUCGAGAAACCACAGCCGAUAAUUAACGGUGGUGGAUUGGAAGCGAACACUGAUUUUUUGCCGGAGGAUUUAGAGGCUGUCAGUCCUGAUUCUGAUAAAAAAUCGUCUAGCACCUCGUCAGAUGUACCAAACAUUGUCGAACAUAUAACUAAUGAAGAUUUGAAUGAAUCUAAGGAGCAUGUAGAUGAUUUUGAGUCACCUGCUUUCGAGCCGUUGGAAACUCGUCCUCCUAGUCAUGUUAAAAAUGAAAGCAAUGACUCAUAUGGAUCUGCUAUCAGUGGGUUAACUUCCCAGGAAUCUGUCGAAAAUGAAAAAGUCUAUGUUUCAAAAGGACUAUCGUCAUCUGAAGAGCAAAUUGGAACUACUUUUGCAGAAACAAACGAGCAACAUGGAGAAAAGUUCAUCAAUGAUGAUGAGAUCCGCAUUGCAACAAGUCCAGAUAUAGUACAAAACGACUCACAAUUGUCACAAGUUUCCAGUAAUAGCCGACUAUCAAUAAUUACAACAUCUGAGAAAAAUAUUCAAUCGUCACAAGCAAUUCAAGAUCCGGCUCUUGAUAUUACCGAAGAAGCUCAGAUGCCAAAAUUUUCCGAAAACUCGAAUGGCGAAGAUGGCGAAAUUUCGACUAGCAAUGACGACGAACCUGAUAUAUCUGAAACUUUGAAACCACAGAAAUCCAAUUUUGAUUUACGGAAAGAGAAAUAUGAGUUCAAAGGAACAGAGCGCAAUAAACUCUUCUCGAGUAUAGAUAGCGGUAGAAUUGAAAAUUCGGAAGUAUCAGAGAAAGGAGAAUCUGUUCACAAUUACGAUCUCAACAAGCAACAACAAGUUGGUAGUCCAUCCAAUGAACAUCCAAGCAUAUCAAUAUCCUCAACAGUAGCGGUGAAAUACGACGAUAACUCAUCACAUUCUGAAAGGUCUCUAAGAAUAUGUGAGGAUUCUUUGGGCGAUCAACGAGUGAUAGACGCGAGUAGCCACACUGAGAAUUGUGAUUCUGUUAAAACUCCGCUUAAUGAUGAACAUAGUACGGAAUCCGCCCCGGAUGUUGAUAAAAUAGAUGGUGCACAAACAGAGGUUAUCACUCUAGCUGCUAUGCAGCAACAAGUUGGAUUGAAGAAAUCAUCAAAUAUUCACAGAGAACGUAUUCGCGACAAAGAGCAUGAUUUUAAACGAUCAUCAUCUGCAUCCCAGCACUACCAUUCUUCUUCAGAUGAUAAAAGACUUCACAGCUCGUCAAAACGAGGUUCCACUAGUCGUAAACCGGAAAAACGGAAGAGUGAAAAUGGCAACAAUAAUUCCCACGGUGAAAAUGUGAAAAAAAAUUACGACAGGAAGAAAAACGAUGAUGAUCACUAUAGUUCACACGACAAGCCAGUUAAGAAACGGCGGUCCACUGACCGUGAUUCCAACGAUGGCACAGAAAACAUAAAAUCAAUUAAAUCUAGCGACCACUCUCCUGUUGGUGCAACAAUGAGCGAUUCUACUAAACAGUCGCACGGAUCACAUAAACGUACUAGUGAUUCACAUGAUGGUAAGGUUGCAAAAUUCAAUGAUACUCUUGAAACCAGUUUCAAAGGAUUUGAUGAAGAUCAAAUUCUAGGUGACACCAAAACAAUGUAUAACACAAUUGCAAACAUAUCCAAGUCAACUUCAAAUGGACUCCAUAAAGAUCCAAGAAAGGUCAAGAAAAUCUUCAAGUUUUCGAAAGAUGCCAACCGCAAGAACGAUAUAAAUAUGGACGUUUUCGCUUUUUCUUUUGAUAAACCGGCGAAAUUGGGCAAAAAUGGUGAAAUCGAUCACGAAAAGGAAGUGGUUCAAUCAUCGAUAAUGUAUGAGUAUAAUGAGAGUGGUGCAGAAUUUUGUACAGAAGACCAAAGUUCGCUUUCCGCAACGGAACCCUCAAUUCAAUUAGGAGAAGAUAUCAUUAUUUUGGAACCGAUGGAAAUGGAAAAGGUUAUUAAUGCAGAAACCAACAGCGUAAAUGACAAACCGCUACUACCCUCGUUGCAGAAUUUUCCUACAACCGAUCCAGCUGAUCUAGUAAUUUUAACGACACAACCAGUAGUGGUUGACCAAAUGUUAACAAAUGGAGAUAAUAUGGAUCUCGAGCUUCUAAUAGGAGAAAAACAGCUUUGUGGAGACGAAUCGACAAUGGGUAAAAUUCAACAGGGUUUGAAUGCAAUAAAAAAUAAAUCCAGGAAACCGAAAAUUGCAAACAAUUUCAAUGAGGCCCGCAGGCUUAUGAAAAUUCGUAAGCAGAUGGAAAGAGAAGAUAAGAAAACGCAAGAACAGGCUAUGGUUUUGGCAAAAAAAUUAAUCACAGGGAAUGGAAGUGCGAUCGAAGAUGAUCAAGGAAUUGAGCUAGAAUUCGUGUGCGAUGGCAAAAGGAAAAGUUCAGCUCCAAUAAUUUCAUCUCCUGUCAGACAAAAAGUUAUAUCCAGUAGUAGUUUGGACGAAAAAGAAUUGCAGUACUUUCCCGAACAGGAGGAAGUUUUUCCGGUUAACGGACUGCUAUUUGAUUGUAUUAGUAAGAAAACUAGUCAGUUUUCUUUUCCGGAUGAUUUUAAAAUAGAAUUUUUAAACGUAAAAUUGUAUUCGUUCAGCUCCAAUAGUGCAGUCCAACUGAUAACUCCAGAGAAUGUACCAUUGAUGCAAAAAGACAAAUUCAAUGAAACAUUUCGGACACCGGUCGCUGAUGCUCAGAAAAACUAUUUGCAAGAUAGUUUAUGUUCAGAUGAAUCACAAACAAUAAGUGCAAUAGAAGUUAAUUGUGCCCGUGAACCUCGAAAGUCUGCCGAGCGAGAUUCUGCUAAUCCAGAAAUACGGACGCGUUAUGAUACAUCACCGGAUAGUUAUGUUAUGGAAACUUCAGAUAAGGAUGAAUCUGUUCCUGUUAGAGAAAAUAAUGGUUUGACUAGAAAUAGGAAAAUUAUGCAGAACUUGGGCACAAAUAAAUCGAGGCGCAUUGGUUUACCUCGACCUAAGGUGGCGGUGGUAGAUAAUACAGCAACACUUUCAGUGGUAAUUUCCAACACAAAAUCCAUUGAAGUAGUCGAUUCUUGUAUACCUCACAAUAACAACAAUGGAAUCAUCAAAGAGCAGAGUUAUUUCAGUAAGGAUUUAUGCAAAAAUCGAUCUGCAAAUAGUCUUCGAAUUCGAACACGAGCUAGAGCUGGUGAUGUUUUUCAAGCAGAGGUUGAUAUAUAAGUAAUUGAUAAUUCAUUCGUGCAAGUGCAGUAACACUGGUAUGACAACAUUGGACACUAUUGUUUUCUUUAACAGUAAUAAAAAAUUGUUUACAAA